CUUCGUUAUUUUUGUGAUAAAUGCCCUGUAUGGAAGAAAAGAAUCUCGAAGUAGAGGAAGGGUCUCUGGGUUGGUGAAUGGAACUCGAGAAUACAAGAGAUCUCAUCGCCUACACCCUGCAAGAGUGGAGACCGACGGAGCAGUAUGGCAAAGAUGUGAUAGCAACUCAAAGAAAUCCUGCAGGAGCUGUAGUCAAAUGCCAACACCAUAGCAAAAGGUUCUUGGUCCCGGUGGCUUUUUCAAUGAGACAUGGUUUGCCACAUUUCUUCAGGAGUUCAGACAUUGAUUCAACUGUCAUCAACAGAGUUCAGGAUCCGUUUGAUCUGAAUCAAGUGGCUCAGAGGUACAAAGAUGUAUCAACAAUGGUGAAGAGUUUGGACCACAGACGGAGCAUGGGAUGGGGAAUAUAUAUUCUGAUGGAGCCUAUAACCGUGGCAGCAAAGAUGUGUCACGGAACUUUGUACCCUACUUUGGCAUCGCCUGAUGGGAAAUGGAGUGCACUCCACUUCGAGCCUUGGCUCCGUAUAUUUGCAUCCACGGCGUUUAACAGCAGCAUUGUCAACGACGAAAACUUGAAAUUGGAGUCAUUAAUCAUGAUUCAGAUUCUAACAUUGGUUUCAGAGGUUACCAAUCAAGAGUUGCCAUUGACUCCCAGAGAUGGCAACAUUCACUGUGAUACUGCUCAAUGGAACACCAUUGCAGCUCCACGGAAUCAUUGAACAUAUCUUCAAUGAAACCAAAGCUCGUCGACACCUAGUCUCCCAUCACUGUUCUUGUUCAAUUGCCUUUGUAACAGUCAGAGACUUCCACCAUUCCCCUGCCUGUGCUUAGAACAAUGUUUUUCCCAGUUCUUGAAUCCAAAUUAACGGCUUCUUUUUCCUUUUUUUUUUUUGUUUUCUCCUCUUUCUUUUUGGCAAUACCGAAGCCAAAUGCUUGAACGUUUUGUACCAUGCUCCAUUUAAUGAAAUAUGCAAUCUAUA